UUCAAGCGAGCAGAUCGCUUUGACUUCAUAAAACAAUCACGUUCAACAUAUUGCAUUGGAUUAUAACCUGAGGGUGCCUCACACAAUUGCUAACAGUGAUAUUGACACAAACUUUCACGACACUGGUGUUCAACUUUAUCUCGAACGAAAGGAGUAAUCGCAUUCCGAUUAAACAUUUAUCAUGGAGUACUGGACAACAGUCUUAUCAAUAGUAGCCGCCAUACUUGCUAUUUAUUAUUACUCAUCCUGCAAAGAUUCGAACGUGUUUCAGAAGCAUGGAAUUCCACAUGUUAAAGAAUAUUCCUUGUUGGAAAGAAUUUGGAAAGUUUUUAUUCGACCAAAAAGUUUCGCUGAUAUGAUUAAAGAAAUGUACAACGUGCAUUCCGAUGCUAAGUAUAUUGGUGCUUUUGAUUUCACAAGAUUGAUCGUAGUACUUCGUGAUCCUGAACUGAUUAAAUCUGUCGCUAUCAAACAUUUCGACGCAUUUCCGGAUCAUCUUUUCUUUGGUAAUGAAACUCAAGAUCCGCUUUUUGGGACAAAUUUGCUUGCUCUUCGCGGUGACAAAUGGCGUGAUAUUAGAACGCUUCUGAGUCCUGCUUUUACAGCUAGUAAAAUGAGGACAAUGUUUCAAUUGAUAUCUGAAUGCGCUGUGAACUUUUCGGAAUAUUUAUUGAAUGUACCAUCAGACAAACGCGUUAUGGAAAUGAAAGAUAUAUUCACAAGAUACUCUAAUGACGUGAUCGCUUCAUGCGCCUUUGGUAUUGACGUGGAUUCGAUGAGAAACCCAGAAAAUGAUUUUUACAUGUUCGGCAAGAAAGCGUCAAAUUUUGGCAUGCUUGCACUUAUAAAAAUUUUGAUGUAUCAACAUAUGCCGUCGCUUAUACGUCUAUUAAAUAUUAAAUUAAUAGAUGAUCGUACUAAUGCAUUCUUUGUAAAUCUGGUAGCUGACACUAUAAGAAUCAGAGAAGAGAAAGGUAUUAUUCGGCCAGACGUAAUUCAAUUAUUGAUGGAUAGCAGAAGCAAAAGAGAACCUGGGAAAGAACUGACCAUUUUGAAUAUAACAUCACAGGCAUUCAUUUUUUUUAUUGCUGGCUUCGACAGCAGCUCGACACUGAUGAGUUUCGCGGCAUACGAAAUUGCCAUCAAUCCAGAUAUUCAAGAGAAACUGCAAAAUGAGAUCGACAAAAUUUUGGAAGAUACGAAUGGUAAACCAUCUUACGAGGCGAUCAACGGAAUGAAAUAUCUAAAUGCCGUUAUUAAUGAGGCUCUCAGAAAGUAUCCGGUACAACCAGUGACGGACAGAAUGUGCGUGAAAGAUUUUGAGUUGCCUUCUACACUACCAAAUGUAAAGCCAUAUCUUGUAAAGGAAGGAACGACACUCUUUAUCCCAAUUUAUGCGCUUCAACACGAUCCUAAAUACUUUCCGGAACCUGAUAAAUUCAAACCUGAGAGAUUCUUCGCUGAAGAAGAUCAGUGCAAUUUUAACGCUUAUUAUCCAUUUGGAUUAGGUCCGAGAAUGUGCAUCGGUAAUAGAUUCGCGUUACUCGAAACAAGGACUAUGUUAUUUCAUCUUCUGGCUCGUUGUCAGUUAAAGCCGUGCGAGAAAACUUCGACAUCUGUAAAAUUUCAGAAAGGCGGAUUUUCAAUGCGGAUGGAAGGCGGUUUCUGGUUGAGCAUUGUACCUAGAGAAAACGCGCAUCCUACGGUUAUGGAAACAAACCAGUCGUGUCAGUUUCCGAUUCCAAACUAAUCCAAAUGUAAGGCUGUCGAACAGUAGGAGUAUUCAAAACAUACAAAUUUAGAGAUACAACAUGAUGUCCUUGAAAAUAAAAAUAUCAUAUAUUAGAGAUGAAACUGACACGACUACGGUUUACGAUUAAAUAGUUGCUUGCUCAUGCGAUCAUUAACAUCAUCGAUGCGUAACUCAUGGGCAGGUAGUCGUUUCAUAAUAAUCUAUAAUUGGCUAGUUUUAAACUCAAUUUAUAUCUAAAAAACUACUG